AUGGAAGUAGUGAAGUGUCCCGAGCACGGCACCGUCUGCUUUCUGAAGACUGGCGUCCGCGAGGGACCAAAUAAAGGGAAGAGUUUCUACGUGUGCACGGCGAAGGCGUGCGGCUUCGUGCAGGCCACCAGCAUUCCUGUUUCUUAUUGCUUGUUGCAUGAAGACUUCGUGGUGGAACUGCAGGGUUUGCUUCUCCCACAGGGCCAGAAAGAGUACAGGUUGUUCUUCAGAUGUGUUGAAAGUAAGGCAGAGGGGAAGCACUGGUGUGGAAGUGUCCCGUGGCAGGAUCGUCCCUCCCAAGAACAUUCUGUCACCAGCAAGGGUCAGGAUGCCUCCGAACUAUUUCAUCCUCUUCCCAGCCAGCAGAGAAACCCGUUCAAGGUUCUUGACAAGAAUCAAGAACCAUCUCUCUGGAAACAGCUCAUCAGGGGUGAAGACGAGGAAGAGAAGGCUGGUGGUGGUGCGCAAAGAGAAAAGGAAGACGCUAAGCUGGCUCGAAAGCAGGAACAGAAGCCUGGAUCUAAAGGCUCGAUGGAGAGCGCUCCGUCAGCCGGCCCGGGGCUGAAGAAAGACCCAUCUGCAGUUCCAGAGAAGCAGCACGAGGAGAGAGCAGAGUUUCCGUGUGAAGCCAAGGAGUCCGAAGAUCCACACCAAAGAGACCCUGCUGCUGUUAGACCCCCCAGGUGCUUGGGGAAUGGCCCAAGAGAACCACCGGCGUCUUCUCAGGAGAAAUCAAAUGGGCCGAGUGACGAUGCCCCAACAGAAGCAGAAGCCUGGAGACAAAAGGAAACCAGACGUUGGCCUGUAAAUGGCCGCAGUCAGAAUCCAAUCCACAAGCCCCAGAAAGGGGGCCACCUCAGCAAGGAGCAGCCCAAGCCUGGGGAGGCGACCGAGACAAAAGCAAAGGAGGACUCGAAAACACAGACGGCCCCAAAGAGGCCCCCCGACGAGAGGUCCUGGGCCCCGCGGAAACCCACUGCAGUGCCUGCUGCACCAGGACCAGCUGCCCGCUCUGUGCCCGCAGCAGCAGCAGCAGCAGGCCUCUCCGUGAGGGAGGGCGGGAAAGCCGACACAAGCAGCGAUGACAGCCAGGAGCAAGAGGUUGUCUUUGUUUCCUCUAAGCCAGGGAAGCCCCUGCGUGACUUGACUUUGGACUCACGGAAGAAGGACAGUCUUAAGCUGCCUCGUCAAACUGAGCAAAGAAACAUCUCUCCCAACUCAGGUGUUUCCCACCAGGCAGAGCCGUCAGACCCAGCGGCCCAGCGGGUGUAUCUCACAACACAGCUGAGACAAAAGCAGAGCACAGUGGCGUCCGUGAACCUGCAGGCGCUUCCAGACAAGGGUCAGAAGCUGUUUGAGCAAAUCCGGGCGUUGGAGGAGGCACUCGGCACGCUCACCCUCUCCCCAGAGCCAGGGACUAAUGAGAAGAGUAAUACUCAAGUCCCCCAGCAAGGAAAGAGUAGCAGCAUCCAAACGACCACGGGCCCUGGCCACUUAGUGCCUCCCAAGCCCCUGAAGAGUCAGGGUCCCCGGCCUUCCGGAUCUCUAGGGCUAAAUGCUGGAGGAUCCAGUCAGUCCCGUGGAGGGAACACCCAUGUGAACUCGGGCCAUGCAGGCCAGGAUCGCCUUCACUCGGUGUGGAAAAUCACAAGUGAAGCCAUCGACGAGCUGCAUCGGUCACUUGGGUCUUGUCCUGGUGAGACGGCGGUGGCAGAAGAUCCUCCUGGGUUGAAGGUCCCUUUGCUUCUGCAUCAGAAGCAGGCAUUAGCCUGGCUACUAUGGCGAGAACGUCAGAAGCCACAAGGAGGCAUUCUGGCGGAUGAUAUGGGCUUGGGAAAAACCCUGACAAUGAUUGCUCUUAUCCUGACCCAGAAGAAUCAAGAGACAGACAAAGAGAAGGACAGGAACUCCAUUACAUGGCUUUCUAAAAAUGAGUCCUCUCACUUUACUUCUCAUGGAACACUCAUUAUCUGCCCAGCGUCCCUGAUCCACCACUGGAAAAAUGAGGUAGAGAAACGUGUGGGCCACAGCAAACUGAGAAUCUACCUCUAUCACGGACCAAACCGGGAUCAACGUGCAAGAGUCCUCGCCUCCUAUGAUAUCGUGAUCACGACCUACAGCCUUCUGGCCAAGGAAGUUCCCACAAAGAAGCAGGAGGGAGAGGUCCCAGGUGCAAACCUCAGUGUGCAGGGCAUCUCAGUACCUUUGCUUCAAGUGGUGUGGGCCCGAGUCAUCUUGGAUGAAGCUCACAAUAUCAAGAAUCCCCGAGUGCAGACGUCCAUAGCAGUGUGUAAACUCCAAGCCCAUGCCCGCUGGGCUGUCACUGGGACCCCCAUUCAGAACAACCUGUUGGACAUGUACUCGUUGCUGAAAUUCCUCCGUUGUUCCCCGUUUGAUGACUUCAGUCUGUGGAAGAGUCAAGUUGACAACGGCUCAAAGAAAGGAGGAGAGCGGCUAAGUAUUUUAACGAGAAGCCUUUUGCUGAGGAGGACAAAGAACCAGCUGGACGCCACUGGCAAACCUUUGGUGCCGCUACCCCGGCGUCAAUGCCAGUUGCACCACUUAAAGCUCUCAGAAGAUGAGGAGGCUGUUUACAAAGUCUUCUUUGCAAAGUCCAGGUCCGCUUUGCAGUCCUACCUAAAAAGACAUGAAAAUGGGGACAAACCGUGUGGAAGGAGCCAUGAAAAUCCCUUCAGUAGAGUAGCCCAGGAGUUUGGAUCGAGUGGGCCUGGACAUCCCAUGGGGGCAAACUCUCAGAGAUCCAGCACCGUCCACAUAUUGUCACAGUUGCUGAGACUCCGCCAGUGUUGCUGCCACCUGUCUUUACUGAAGUCGGCCCUGGAUCCGACAGAGCUGCAGGGCGACGGCCUCGCCCUCUCCCUGGAAGAGCAGCUCAGUGCACUGACCCUGUCGGAGCUCCACAGCCCGGAGCCAUCGUCCACGGUCUGCCUUCAUGGCAUCUCCUUCAAGGUGGAGCUGUUCAAAGACACCCGAGAGAGCACGAAGAUCUCAUCGCUGCUGGCAGAACUGGAGACAAUCCGAAGAAAUUCAGAGUCACAGAAGAGUGUCAUUGUUUCCCAGUGGGCCAGCAUGCUGAAAGUUGUAGCACUGCACCUCAGGCGGCACGGACUGACUUAUGCUACCAUCGAUGGCUCGGUCAGCCCCAAGCAGAGGAUGGACUUGGUCGAGGCGUUCAACAGUAGCUCCCGGGGUCCACAGGUUAUGCUAAUCUCCCUCUUGGCUGGCGGUGUGGGUCUGAACUUGACUGGAGGCAACCAUCUUUUUCUUCUUGACAUGCACUGGAAUCCUUCACUUGAAGACCAGGCCUGUGACCGAAUUUACCGAGUAGGACAGCAGAAAGAUGUUGUCGUACACAGGUUUGUGUGUGAGAGGACAGUGGAGGAGAAGAUACUGCAGCUCCAAGAAAAGAAGAAGAACCUAGCCAGGCAGGUCCUAGCCGGAUCUGGAGAAUCCAUCACCAAGCUCACUUUGGCUGACCUCAAAGUCCUCUUCGGCAUCUAGCCACCUGCUUCUGGGGCGCAGAGGCAUGCCCCCAUUGGUUGUAUUAGGGUGAGGGGCUAACAACCUAACGGCGGCCCUGCAGCUCUCGGCUUGGCACCCUGCUGCACUGAUGCCCUCCGCAGAACAGCCUGACCUCGCCCCUGGAACUCAGGGUCUGCCAGCUUGUGGGUUAAUUAGCAAGUGGCAAGCAGAUGAAAGAAACCCCUUUGGAGUGAGCUACUUUCUAAACCAAGUCUGGCAGAGUUGCACGUAAGCUGUGGCCCCAGCUCAAAAGGCCCGUCCUGGCGUGUCUCAUCAGCUAAGAGGAGAACCAGCGUCGGGCCCCUUUCCAGCACAAUCUCCAUUCUGCUCUCAUCUCUUCUUGCCAAAGAACUACGCCUGUGGGCCGGGCAGAGAGUGGGCUCCUGCAGCCUUUCCUCUGAGGUGGUCUCAGAUCACUGCAGAUCACAGAGGGGUCUGAUACAUAGCCGAUGGUCGGUAUCUGUGCCAUUGAGUAUUAAUGUCACUCAGUGUUUGCUUCACCAUGUGCCUUUAGAUUUAAAUCAUUGUAUCACUCACGAUUUAGACUUUUAUCCAUUUUCCAGUUGUUACAUUUUAAUAUCACUAUCAUUUAGGAUUCAUACCGUUAUGCCAUUGGCUGUUUGUAGCACUGAACAUCAUCACCUUCUCCCGGGCUUGUGUUAUCAGUGAGCUCUAAUAAAUGUCUGUUUACCAACA